AUGGGCAAUCGCGGCGCAUUCCUGAAGCGCGCAAAAGUGAUCAUCAGCUCGCUUAUGCGACACCAGAACCUUUCUUCACCAUUCGACGUCUUCCAUCCGCUACAGUCAAAACCGUGGGCGGCAGCCUUUCACUUUGGCGUGUACAAGGACCUGACCAGGCUUACCUUCCACGUAUCGGACGCAAACGACAUCCCGACCCUUCUAGAUUCGAGACUGGAAUACCUUGAGAUCGUCACCGUCGAAGCCUUCGAAACUCUCACUGAGGAAGACGACGUAUUCCUGAGCUCUUACUCCCACGACUCCACCUGGAAGAGCGGCCCAAUAUUUGACCUGGACGUGCUCAUCGAUCGCAUAUGUAUGAACACGCGUCUGCGCACGCUAGUCGUAGACACUCUCAGGCUCUCGGCCGGAGCCCAUCGAAAUUCGUCUCGAAACAGUCUCACAGAUCUCAAGUACAUCGAGCUCAGAGGUCCCGACCUUGCCGAUUUAUCGCGAUUCCUGUCAUCCAUAGGAUUGGGCGCCACAUGUCAAUAUCGCAUCGCGUGUCAUAUAAGCGAUCUACAACUUCCGGUACAACUGCUCGACCUUGCAAACCUACGGGACUGCACGGAAGUUCGGGCUGUGUUCGAGGUGGCGAGACGCACACAGUGGAUCACUAUGGCCAGCACACACGAGGCCGCUGCCGAGCAACCCGCAUUCUGUGACGGAGAUGAGGGUCUUCAGAAGCAUCACGCAGACGCCCCGUGCCUACAGACUCCUGCUACAUGCAUAACGGCUGAGAGACGCGGAAACGCCAACGUACUGCUGAGGAACGACGCCGUAUCCCGUAAGGUCUGCGGGCUCGAUAUCGUGCGCGUAGACGCGCUCAUGAGCGUGCCUUCUCACUGCAUAAAGCACCUCACUAUUCGCGAACUGACUCGAACGUACAACGGCGAGCGCGUUUGGCAACCAGACUCGCUGGACAUUGACUUCGUACGCUCAUUGCGAAGCGUAGCGACGGUCCGUAUCGAGGAUGAGUGGCUUGCUACCAUGGUCAGCUCGGCACUCAACAGCUCCGACCUCGAAACAAUCACGAUCGUGUUCAGAAAAGAGUGGGAGGGAGACACUAAUCAUAUCCUGCUUCGCAGAGCUGUCCGUGCGGCUGCAAACAAGAGCACUCACCGUGUUACGGUUGUACUCACAGGAGUUAAGCGUUGGAGAGACACAGUGGCAAUCGGUCACAUGCACGAGGAGGCCGGAAUAGACGUCAGCGACGAGAGGCAAGAAGUGCAUGGGAUCGACGCGGUGAAGAUGAAGGAUCAAUGGGAAGGCGACCUCCAAAAGAACGCGGUCAGAUUGAAAGCAGCGCGGGUAAGUCAAUCUCGUAUACCGCAAAAGACUGCGCCUAACGCUGCACAGAGCAACGUCAAGAUAAUACACGCGGAGCAACUAGCAGUUGGAUUGGCGUAA